UCCUCUACCAUCUUCUCCUCUUUUAGUAAACAUCAAAAAAAAAAAGAGAAGAAUCACUCAUUGGAAAACAUCAACGUUACAGAGCGAUGAAUAGCAAUCAUUUACAGAUGGGAGAUCAUUCAUAUAGUCGCUUUGCAUGUCUGAGCUGUUCUUCGUCUUCUUCUGUCAAGCUUUUGAUCUUCAUGGCUCCAUUUAUAGUGUUGCUCGGAUUUGUCUUUGUCUUGGAUCCAACAAAACUCAAUUAUCUUCCUGUUUCUACAUCCCUCCAUUCUUCUUCUGCUUCUGCAACAAAUUAUGGUGCUAAGGACAGUGACGAUGGGGUGGUUGUGGAAUUGGGUGCUUCAGGGUUGGUCAUGAUUGAAGAUCACAGAACGGCAGAAGCCGAAGGUCUCAAUUCUAGCGAGGCUUCGGUCGUUAACCAAACUUCUUCUUCUCUUCUUCCGGCCGUCGACGAUGAUCAAGAUCGACAACUUACUGAUACUAAAACGGAAAGAAAUAAGGAAGAGACGACGGUUACCACGAAUGGAACCUCAAGCCCCACCGAUUCUCUAUUGAAUGAAUCUCACGCUAAUCCCAUGAAACCCAAUAGAGAAACGGUGCGUACCAGCUUGCAAAGGCUUGAAGCCGGACUACAGAGAGCUCGAGCUGCCAUUAAAGAAGCUUCCAUAUCUGGCUACCAUCCAUUAGAGGAUCCUGACUAUGUCCCUAUAGGUCCCAUUUACAGGGAUGCCAAAGCCUUUCACAGGAGCUACUUGGAAAUGGAAAAACAAUUUAAGAUAUAUGUGUACAAAGAAGGGGAGCCUCCUCUGUUUCAUGAUGGUCCUUGCAGGAGCAUAUACUCCAUGGAGGGAAAUUUUAUUCAUAAAAUUGAGACUAACAAACAGUUUCGCACAAACAAUCCCGAGAAGGCACACGUUUUCUACCUCCCGUUUAGUAUCGUAAAGAUGGUUAGAUUCGUCUAUGAUCGUAAUUCACGGGACUUUGCUCCGAUAAAAAACACUGUCGUAGACUACAUCAAUCUUGUAGCCGGACGAUACCCUUAUUGGAAUAGAAGCCUUGGCUCUGAUCAUCUCAUGCUUUCUUGUCAUGAUUGGGGGCCAGAAGCUAGCUUUUCCCAUCCUUAUCUCUUCAAGAAUUCUAUCCGUGCACUAUGCAAUGCCAAUACCUCGGAGAAAUUCAAUCCCACCAAAGAUGUAUCCAUCCCGGAAAUCAAUCUCCAAACCGGAGAAUUGACUGGCCUUUUAGGUGGUCCAUCCCCUUCUCGUCGUCCCAUCUUGGCCUUCUUCGCUGGAGGUGUCCACGGGCCUAUUAGGCCUGUUCUGCUUGAGCACUGGGAAGACAAAGAUGAAGAUAUCAAGGUCCACAAGUACUUGCCAAAAGGUGUGUCGUACCACGACAUGAUGAGGAACAGCAAAUUCUGCAUUUGCCCUAGCGGAUACGAGGUUGCCAGUCCGAGAAUUGUGGAGGCAUUGUAUUCAGGUUGUGUUCCGGUGUUGAUAUCGGUGGACUACGUGCCGCCUUUCAAUGAUGUGUUGAAUUGGAAAUCAUUUUCGGUUGAGGUUUCGGUUGAGGAUAUACCUAAUUUGAAGAAGAUAUUGUUGGGAAUAUCAUCAAGGCAGUAUAUAAGGAUGCAUAGGAGAGUGCUGCUGGUGAGAAGGCAUUUCGAGUUCAAUUCGCCUCCCAAGAGAUUUGAUGUGUUUCAUAUGAUCCUGCAUUCCGUUUGGUUGAGGAGACUUAAUGUUAGAGUUCUUGGGGGAUGAUCAAUGAGUUGCCUGCAUAUUGUAAAAUUGCAAUGUGGAUGUUUGUUUGGAUAGCAAGAAAAUUGUGGGACAAAGA